GUUGUAUUCCAAGUGUAGUGGCGAGGAGUGCUAGCAUAUUAUUAUAAUACCGCAGACGUGCAAGCCCAAGGAUACGGUUACUUUCUCGCCGAGGCGUCCUUUGCCUUUAGAUUCAAGCGUAUACGGUAUCACUUUCAGGCACCAGCAACUAGUGGACCAGCGGUUGAACACCCUUUACUGUUUGAGCCUUGACUGUGACACAUACCUGGUACUUUGCUGGCUGUCAGCGGCCGGCCUAUCGGCCGGCCAAUUAUCAAGUGUUUUUCAGCCAGUAACCUAAUGCAAGUUGUAGGAAGUCAGCCUCAGGUCCGACUCCGCGCUAGCGCCGGGAUGCAACCGGCUGCACGGCUUCUGUCAGGGUUCUCCAGGGCUGGGGCGCGGCGUGGACCAAUUCAACUCCAGGUCUUUCGGAACUAUGGCUUUGAGCCCGACAAGGAGACUGGGAAGCAGACGGACCUGACGUUCACGGUAAGGAAAACAAUAUCGCUUGCAUCCAACACCAUCAUCACCCACUCAACACCUUCAGUCUACACAAGUUCCCCUCGGUUCUACCAUCUCAUCCUCCUGUCUCGCCCACAACCGCUUCCUAUUCCCUUCUUCCUUUAUCUUUACGUCUCCAUCCCUCACCAUCUCAACCAGGACCAUGCCGCCAUCUUCGAGGGCCGCUCCACCGCAGAUCUCCUCCGCGCACUGCUGGUGCUGCGUCUUUGCGCUUCACCACCCUUCGUCUCCCACUCCGAAGCCCUCCUGGACACCGCUCGGCGGCUUCUGGGUGACCGCACCGCUCUCGACACGCUCGUCGGGCAGACCUUCUACAAGCACUUUUGCGUGGGCAAGGAGCCAGCCGAUGUGUGGGCUCGCAUGAACGCGCUGAGGGCGCACGGCAUCGGCGCCAUCUUGGAUUACGCGGAGGAGGAGGACUUGCUUUCACACUGCAAGCCGCAGGAGGCCCAGCAGCAGAAGCAGGGGGCUGCAGCAGCAGCAGGCAGCAGCAGCAGCGGUGGUGUGACGGCUCGGGACCCGCUGGGCGGUGAGAGUCUCAUUCAGUCGCGCGUCUCUGCUCGGACAUACGACUACCAGGACGAGGACGCCUGCGAGCGCCACACCGCCGCCUUCCUAGCUGCCAUCGACACCGCCGCCACCCUGCCCGGCCAGGGCUUCGCGGCCAUCAAGCUCUCGGCGCUGGGCGACCCCGCGCUGCUGCAGCACCUCAGCGACGCGCUGAGCAGCAUCCACUUGCUGUUCCGACAGUACGACGUGGAUGGCGACGGAGUGGUGACACGGGCGGAGUUCGAGGAGGUGUACCAGCGGUUGGCGGCGGCGCAGGGCCUGCGCUCCACCUCCUCCGAGCGCUCCGCGGUGUGGGGUCUGCUGGACUCGGAGGGUGCGGGCCAGGUGGACUACGUGUCGUGGACGCAGCGGCUGGAUGUACGGCACCUGCCCGAGCUGGCGGCCUCGCUGGAGGCGCAGGCGGCGGCAUCCAUGGACCUGGGCAACUCCUCCGCGCCCUCCUCCUCCGCCCGCCCCUGGCUGCUCUCCCCCGCCGAGCAAUCCCAGCUGGACUCGCUGCUGGGUCGUCUGGAGCGGCUGGUGGCGCGGGCGGUGGGCAAGGGCGUGAAGCUCAUGGUGGACGCGGAGCAGUCGCUGCUGCAGCCCGCAAUCGACCACAUCGCACUCCACCUCAUGCGGGAACACAACCAGCGACGGAGCAGUGCGGGUGCGGAUACUGCAGCGGGGGCAGGGGCAGGCAGCAGCGGUGCGGAGGAGCAGGACGGUGCGGUGAUCUUCCUGACCUACCAGGCCUACCUGCGGGAUGCGCAUGCGAGGCUGCAGGCGGACCUGUCGCGAGCGGAGCGGGAGGGAUACGUGCUGGGAGCCAAGCUGGUCCGCGGCGCCUACCUGCACCUGGAGCGCCGCCAUGCCGCAGAGGUCGGCCGCCCCUCGCCUGUUUGGGACCGUAUCGAGCAGACCCACGGGUCGUUCGACGCCUGUCUGGACACCCUGUUCGCCGCCGUGGCAGCUGGCCGCGCGGAGCUCAUGAUUGGCAGCCACAACCAGAGCAGCGUGGAGGGCGCGGUGGGUCGCAUGACGGCACUGGGUCUGGACCCCUCGGAGGCUCCCGUGUACUUUGGACAGCUGAUGGGCAUGGCGGAUAACCUGAGCUUCACGCUGGGACAGCACGGAUACAAGGUGUUCAAGUACUGCCCCUACGGCAGCGUGGACAAGGUGAUCCCCUACCUGCUGCGCCGCGUUAAUGAGAACCAGUACGUGCUCAAGGGCGGCAAGCAGGACGUGACGCUGCUGUGGGCGGAGCUGAGGCGGCGUGCGCUGCAAGACACCGAGCACUCACCGCUGGCGCGGCUGCUGGCGGCGCUGCCGCUGCCCCGACUGGGCGGGGGCCGCGGGGCAUCUGCGUAGGGGUCUGGGAUGGGGCGGCGGUCUGGGAUGGGAUUGAGGGAUUCAGGAAGGAGGAGGAGUUGGGUCGAGAAGAGUUGAGUUGGGGAGGCUGGUGGAGGAUGUUGUGGAGGCGCGUGAUUUGGGAAGGUUGACAAAAGGUUGUGCGCAUGGCGUUGCGAGUUGAAAGGGUGUUAAUCAAGGUUGAUAAAAGUGUUGCGCGACUGCCGUUGUGGGUUGUUGCGGAAUCGGUUGGGCCAACUGAAUAAUUAAGACCUAAGCUAUAAGACGACGUGAGCGGUGUCACUUGCACGGUAUAUGAGUGGUUGCUGAAUGAGACAGAAUAGUGGGAGAGAGUGUGUGUGCGCGAAGUCGGCUGUGAAAAACUGGGGGUACCGUAUAGCAUUCAUAAUUGCUGACAGCGUUUAGGGUUGUUGCGGUUACGGCAAGAUGGAGGAGGUUUGGACUCGUGCUACGAGUUAUAUCGCCUCGUGGUGUCUCCUGUGUUCCUAGGGACUUGGGGUCGGUCCUUUCUGGGUUUCUGAGGAAAUGGAGUAUACGCAAACCUGCCACGUCAGACUUAAUUGCUUCGUCAAACUUGAUUGGCGGACCUGGAGCCGUUGUGUCAGGGUUGUGUCUUGAUGCUCUGAUGUCGCGUCUUGAUGCCAGCCAUAAGGCGCUAUGCUUGAAGAGGACGACGUGUGUGUGACUAGCCCAUCUCCAUGGCCUUCUGUGUAAGGCAGUGCCUCAUGGCUUGGCUUGCCUCAGACACGCCAUGUCGAUGGAGAAAAGAGAGAGUGAUGUUAGUGUUGAGCCAGGUUCAUAGUUCCUCACAAAUUCAG